UAUUUUUUACAUUUAUAAAGAUUCAUUAUUUUGCAGAAUUCGGAGAGUUAUUGUUGUUUCGCUCUUUUGUACUGGUUAGACGGCUCGCGGCUGUCUAUUUCCAAGAACAGUUUGAAACUUGUAUAUAUUAUCUAUGACUUGUACAGUAAGUUGUCUGCAUAACAAACAUGCUUAACAUAAUAGUUUCAUUAAUAGUUCUCUUUAUCCUAUACGGUGUAAGAAAUUUCGGAUAUUGGAAGAAACGUGGCAUAAAACAUGACAUUCCUUUACCCUACGUUGGGAAUAACUUGAGGAACUUUUUACAAAGAAGCAGUAUAGCCAUGAUGGCAACAGAGUUGUACAAGAAAUAUCCCGAUGAGAAAGUUGUAGGUUUCUACAGAAGCACCGUGCCAGAGCUUUUGAUAAGGGAUCCUAAUUUAGUGAAAAGAAUAUUGGUUACCGAUUUUCAGCACUUUUAUGCCAGAGGAUUUAAUACACAUAAAACGGCAAUUGAACCACUAUUGAAAAAUUUGUUUUUCGCUGACGGUGACUUGUGGCGUUUGAUAAGACAGCGAUUUGGUACAGCUUUUAGUACAGCUAAAAUUAGGGCGAUGUUUCCUUUUAUAACAGAGAGGGCAGAGAAGCUCCAGUUAUUAGCAGAAGAGGUCGAAUCUCUGGAAUAUUAUGAUGUGAGAGAGCUGAUGGCUCGGUACACUACGGAUUUUAUUGGCGCUUGUGGUUUCGGCAUAAAUAUGGAUUCUCUGAACAAUGAAAAUUCUGAAUUUAGAAGACUCGGAAAAAGAAUAUUCUACAGGACACCUAGAGACGCUGCUGCCGCUGCUCUGAAAUACAUGUUUCCUGAGCUAUGUAAAAAUAUACAUUUAUUGGCACCAGAUCUAGAGGAAUCAGUUAUUGCAUUAGUGCGACAUAUUCUUCAAGCACGAAACUACACGCCUUGUGGUAAUAAUGACUUCAUAGAUUUAUUGUUGGAAUUAAAGGAAAAGGGAAACAUUUCUGUAGAAUCUUUAGAAGAAAGGGAUGAAAAUGGUGUAGCAAAGGUAGUUGAGCUGAAACUUGAUGACUUGUUACUCAUUGCUCAGGUUUUUGUAUUUUUUGGCGCCGGUUUUGAAACAUCAUCCACAACUUCUAGUUUUACACUACACCAGCUAGCGUUUAACCCUGAUCAUCAAAGAAAAGUGCAGAAAGAAAUUGAUAGAGUUCUUCUUAAACAUGGCAAUAAAAUAACAUACGAAUCAGUGAAUGAAAUGCAUUACCUAGAAAAGGCAUUUUACGAAGCUAUGAGAAUGUAUCCUGCGGUUGGAUUUUUAUUCAGAAAAUGUACUACUCCGAACUAUACGUUCCCUGAAUUAGGACUGACUAUAGAUAAGGAUGUAAAAGUUAUUAUUCCAAUUCAAGCUUUCCAAAGAGAUGAAAAAUAUUUUUAUGAGCCAGAUGUCUAUAAUCCUGAUAGAUUUACUAGUGCCCAAGAUUUAAAAACUAAUUAUUUCAUGCCGUUCGGAGAAGGACCACGAGCUUGCAUUGCUGCUAGACUAGGAAAAGUCCUAUCCAUGGCCGGCAUAGCUGCCGUUCUUCAGAAAUUCAAUGUAGAGCCCUGCGAGAAAAGCGUAUUGGAACCUCUCCCAGAUCCAAUGGCCAUAGUCUCUGAAGGUUUCAUCGGUGGACUACCACUUAAACUGAGAAAGAGAGAACCAGUGCCGUGAAUGGGGAUGAUGACUAGGUUUUAAUAUAUUGAUUUUUAUGAUAAAUUCGGGUAAAUAAGGUCAAUGUUAACUAAUUUGUAUAUAAAAAGCAAAGAUUGACUGGAUAUUUGCAAAAUAAAUAAGAUUAUAAAAUUUCAAAAUCUACUAAAAAUAUUUUAUCGUAAUUAGAUGAAAAUUCAUACAGUUUUAGCUUCCUUACAUUAAAUGUGACAUUUUUUAAUAUAUGAACUAUAAACAUAAACGCAGAAAUAACAAAGAUAUUAGUAAUUUUGUUCAAACGUCCAUACAAAUCUAACGAUCAUUAAUUGCCUACGACGUCAUAAGUGCGUACCAUUUUGUAUGGGGCGUUUUUCAGGGAUCCGCGGCAGCGCCGCAAAUCUGACCCUUUAAAUCCCUGUAGCUACGAAAGUAAUGAUCGCAGAUACCCUGUUACUUUUACAAAAUUGCUUCACUAUUAUUAAAAAUAUUGGACACUUAAAAUAGUCGGUUUGCUAGUUAUUAGUAACAAAAACCAAUAAUUAAAAUUACAUAGAAAAAUGUCACGAACCAAUAAAAAGUGUAAGACUUAAAUAGUAGGGGGAUUGGGCAGUGAAAGGAGACAAUAUCACGUAACAGGUGUCAUUAUUGUGCUAUUAUAUUAUAUAAUUCCUAAUGAGGAUAAUUAAAUAAUUUUAAAUAAUACAAAAAAUAUUAUUUUGUUUAGAUUGUUUUUUUUAUUGUUACCGUUAUUUGUUAUAUAAUAAUUAGCGGACGCCCGCGUCUUCUUUCGUGUGAAAUUCAGUUUUUUAUAGAUCCCACGGGAACAUUGAUCCAAGAACUAAACUAGCCUUUAAGUUGCUUAAUAACCUCCUCUAUCUUCUAGUGAAAUACCCGUUUAAAUAGGUUCAGCCGUUCCAGAGAUUAGCAAGAACCGACAGAAUAAUUUAAAAAUAAAAUAUUGUGUUUUGGUAUCCUGUAAAUAAUUAAAGCACUUGGGAAAACACAGUUAUCUUUAAAUUACAGACAUAAACUUCCAUUUUUAUUUACAUUUAAUUAAAAGACGCAUUUUUCUACAAAUUAACUCAGAUAUUUUUAUUGUUACCUUUACCUACAAAAUCGAAAUCAAAUAAAGGAAAUUGUAAAUUGUAAUACGCAAAGCAUAAUUAUUACCAGAAAACUGUUUAUUGAGAAAAAAUAUUAAACAAAACGUAAAUUAGAUAAGGGUUAGUAAAUACAUUACUGUAAUCAUAAUAUUUAUGUGCUAGUGUGACGUAUGUUUCUGAGACUCUGACCAUGAACUUGUUAUGAAAUCAUGCGUGUUUUAUAAGGCGUAUGUGAUAAUGACCCAAGAUUUUAACGGAGUUAUGGACGAAACGUUUGCCGAAUAAUUUAGCAGUAAUAUAUUCUCUGGUAUAGCACUUAGGUAGAUACAUUUUUAUUACAGGUAUUACAUUGAAGUAGUUUUAAAACAUUUAUGCCUUUAAUUUAUUUUGAGCUUGUAUACUAAAGUUAAGUUUUAUAAAUAUUAUUGAAAAUAAAAAAAAUAAUAAUAAUACACAUAUCGGUUGCUUUAUUUUCA